CUGGGCUCGGGGAUCCGCGGGUAAACACAGAGCAGAGCUGGAGCUGCUGGAUCAGAAUCAGCAGCAGCAGCAGCAGCAGAUCAAAAACAUUAUUAUAUUAUUAUAAACCCUGAAUAUCAUCAGAUCAGCGCUGCUGCAGCACCCAGAGAUUAUUAACACACAGCCCGCAGGAGAGACUCACACACACUGCAGAUUGGUGAGCCGUGGUGACCCCGUGCCCCGGUCAGUAUGGCAGAAGCUCACCAGGCGGUGGCGUUUCAGUUCACCGUCUCUCCUGAUGGAAUCGACCUGCAGCUCAGUCAUGAAGCUCUGCGGCAGGUCUACCUGUCCGGCCUUCACUCCUGGAAGAAGAAGUUCAUCCGCUUUAAGAAUGGUAUAAUGAGCGGGGUGUACCCGGGCAGUGCCCCCGGGUAUAUGCUGGUGUUAGCCGGGUACAUGGGCAGGGCUAGAUACGCUCAGCUGGACCCCUCUUUAGGGCUCUUCUCUAAAGCUGGGAAGUACAUACCUGUGAGUAGGUACAUGUCUCUGGACACUCAGAGGACAGUGGGGGGCAUCAUCGUGGGCACCGGGCUCUGGGUGGCCAUCAUCUUCACCAUGAGGAGCGUCCUGAGGAGCCUGCUGUCCUGGCACGGCUGGAUGACCGAGCGCCACGGACGCAUAUCCUGGAAAACCCGCGCCUGGCUGGUGCUUGUGAAGAUUUUCUCUGGGAUUCAAACUCCGACCCUGUACAGCUUCCAGACCUCGCUUCCAUCCCUGCCUCUGCCCUCAGUGAAGAACACCAUGAGACGAUAUCUGGAGUCAGUGCGCCCCCUUCUGGAUGAUGAGGAGUACAAGCGCAUGCAGGAACUGGCUUUAGACUUUCAGAAGAACCUCGGACCCAAACUGCAGUGGUACCUGACGCUGAAAUCCCUGUGGGCCACCAAUUAUGUGAGUGAUUGGUGGGAGGAGUAUAUCUACCUUCGAGGUCGAGGUCCAAUCAUGGUCAAUAGCAACUAUUAUGCAACGGACUUCCUGUACCUGUUCCCCACUCAUAUCCAAUCAGCGAGAGCUGGAAACGCCAUCCACUCCAUCAUGCUGUACAGGAGGAAACUGGACCGAGCCCAGCUAAAACCGCUCUAUGCUAUAGCUAACACCGUACCGGUUUGCUCCGCCCAGUGGGAGCGGCUGUUCAACACCAGCCGUAUCCCCGGCCUGGAGAGCGACACUAUACAGCACGUGUCGAACAGCAGGCACAUAGUGGUGUACCACAGGGGGCGCUAUUUUAAGGUGGGCAUGUUUUACGACGGCCGGCUGCUGUUGCCGCGGGAGAUCGAGCAGCAGAUGCAGAGGAUCAUCGCCGACACCUCCGAACCCCAACCUGGAGAGGAGAAGCUCGCCGCCCUCACUGCAGGAAACAGGGUGCCGUGGGCGUGUGCGCGGGAUGCGUAUCUCCGGCAGGGGAAGAACAGGCAGUCUCUGGACGCGGUGGAGAAGGCGGCGUUCUUCGUCACGCUGGACGACACCGAGCAGCGGCACGACCUGAAGAACCCGGUGCAGUCUCUGAGGAAUUACGGCAAGUCCCUGCAGCACGGGAAGUGCUACGACAGGUGGUUCGAUAAAUCUUUCAACCUGAUCGUUUAUAAGAACGGAACGAUGGGUCUGAACGCAGAGCACAGCUGGGCCGACGCACCAAUCAUAGUCCACCUCUGGGAGCAAGUGCUUGCGAUGGACAUCGAGAUGAGCUACACUGCAGAUGGGCACUGCAAAGGGCAGCCUCACCGCAACCUGCCAGGACCCCAGAGACUACAGUGGAACAUCCCAUCUGAGUGUCAGAGUAUGAUCAGUAACUCGCUGGCGGUGGCUCAGGCUCUGGCGGACGACGUCGACUCUCACAUCAUCCCCUUCGAGGACUUCGGGAAAGGCCUGAUCAAAAAGUGCAGGACCAGCCCAGACGCCUUCAUCCAGAUCGCCCUGCAGCUCGCGCACUACAAGGACAAAGGGAAGUUCUGCUUGACGUAUGAGGCGUCUAUGACCCGUUUGUUCAGAGAGGGCAGAACCGAGACGGUGCGGUCCUGCACUGUGGAGACCUGCAACUUCGUCAGAGCCAUGAUCAGCAACGAGACGAGGGAGAAGAAGCUGGAUCUGCUGAAACAGGCUGCAGAGAAACACCAGCAGCUCUACCGUCUGGCGAUGACGGGUCAGGGCAUCGACCGCCACCUCUUCUGCCUGUACGUCGUCUCCAAGUACCUGGGCCUGGACUCACCUUUCCUCUCUGAGGUGCUCUCAGAGCCGUGGAGGCUGUCCACCAGUCAGACGCCGGUUCAGCAGCUGGAACUGUUUGAUCUGGUGAAGCAUCCUGAGCAUGCAACCACCGGCGGCGGCUUCGGUCCGGUGGCUGAUGAUGGUUAUGGGGUGGCUUAUAUCAUCGUGGGUGAGAAGCUGAUUAACUUCCACAUCUCCUGCAAACAUUCCAGCCCAGAAACUGAUGCUCAGCGUUUUGGGAACCACAUCAGACAGGCGAUGCUGGACAUGCUGGCCCUGUUUCAGCUGGAUCCCAAAGCUCUGAAGUGAGACGAACGCCCUGCUUUACCUUCUGCAGCUCAUUUCUCUUCUCUUUUCUUCUCUUUUCUCUUUCUUUUCUUUUAUUUUCUGUUGCUGGAGCGAGAUUGAUAUGGGUGUUAUAAUUCUGAGUUGAAGGAUUUGAUGAAAGGGAAAUGAGAGGCUUUGAGUGUGAGUGUGAGUAUGAGGGCUGCAUAGUGUAUAGUUUCAGCAUUGUGUGCACAUGUAGAACCGGGAGGUACUGUAAAAAUGUUUAAAAUCAUGAUAUUUAAAGACAUUUUCACUAUAUAUUUAUUUGUUCAGUCAAAACAAACAUUAUUAUAAGGCGCAUUAUUAAGCGACACUAGUAAAGAUGCCUAGGAAAGCUGGCGGAACCACCUACGUAAACAGAACUGUAAUUCUUAAACAAAAAAUGCUGGAUGUUAAUCUACACAGAUUUAUCUUCUAAACAGUAACCUUACAUUUUCAGCAUUUGUAUAAGGGUGAGUUUUCAGCGAAGUUUCUCCAGCACUAAGGCUGGGUGCAGCAGCAUUAGCAUUAGCCGCUAGUAAACGCCGCCCAACAGCGCUAAACUGAGACACCUGAAUGUUCCACUCUCACUUAGGUUGUUUUUUGUUUUAAACUCCCCUCUGAAAGGGGAAAGAGCUAGUGCUUAGCGCUGUGGUUUAACGGCUAAUGCUGCUAAUGCUCCAGCCUUAGUGCUGGAGAAACUUUACUGAAAACUCUUAUAACACCCUUAUAACUCUGUACUUCAGCAGAGUGACUUUACUGCUCCUUAAUACUUAUCUGACUGGUAGAAUUCAUACAUAAGGAGCACCGGAUUAUAAGUUCGCCUUAUAUAUAGUGCGAAACGAGCUGAAAAUGCAAUUUUACGAUACACAGUGCACCAGAGUGUGCACAUUUCAGUCUAAAUUCUCAAUCAUGUUUAUUGUUCCUGGUAAUUUUAUUGCUAUAUCUGAUCUAUAUUUCAAAUAUUGUGCAGCCAUAGUGUGAAUAUGAGUGUGAAUAUAUGUAUUUAAGCUCAAAUACAGGGUUGUUUUAAGUGCCGGUGCUUUAAAGAGGGUCUUAACUGAUCUGCUGAAGACUGAAAAAUAUAUACGGACCAAACGUUUGGCCAAUAAAAACGAAAGGAACCAAUCAAUCACAGCAUCACAUCAUCACAGCAUUACAUCACAUCUCUUUCUCAGUAUCUUAGUACUUAAUUAUAUAAAUUCUUUUAGCUUUAAACACUAGAUACUGCGUAUAUAAUCAGAACCACACCUUUUCCGUCUGCUGACAUUUCCUGCGUUCAGCGUUUCAGUGGGGAAUCACCUCCUGACCACCGUUUAUUUAGCUUUAGGGUUUAUUUAGCUUUAGCGUUUAUUUAGCUUUAGCUGAUCUCUCCAGACCUGUAGUAUUAAUGUGGUGGAUGACGCUGCUGUGGUAAAUCUUGUUUAAAGUGUUUCCAAGUGCUGAUAAAGUGAUUUGAGAAGAAUUAGGGCUUUUUUGCAAGCUUUGCUCUGCUGCUGCUGUUGUGCACAAUAUUACAGGACUUAUUAUAUCAGUCUGUGUGGAGAGUGAUGUGGUGUUUACUGAAAAAAUACUGUGCUGAAAAUAUAUUAAAUAUAUUAAAUAUUAUAAUAGCUUAGACAUUCUCAAACAGGGAGUGUAUGAUUUUAUUGUUAACUGGGCAGAAUGUAUUUAAGUGCAUUUAAAAGUUACCAGUCUCUCACCAAGAGGUGCACUACCCUACCAAAACUAGCCAUUCCAGGUUCAUUGUGGUAAAUUUUGUUUAAAUCUAGUGGUUUUUUGGUCAUUUUGCUUUGCUACUGCUGUUGUGCACUAUUACAGGACGUGCUAAAUAUAAUACAGUAAAAUAUAUAUAAUUUAUUUUUCAUAACAACCAUAAUGCUUCUCUUAGUUCAUUAAUACACCACUUUUGUAGUCUCUCAGCUGGACAGAAUGUCUUUAAAUGCAUUUAAAAGUCACCGAUCUCUCACCAUGAGGUGCACUACCCUACUAAAAGUAGCCAUUGUGGUUCAGUGUGGUAAAUCUUGCAGUUUUCCAGUAAUUCUGCUUUGCUACGGCUGUUGUGCACUAUAUUAUUACUAUAUUAAUACAGUAUUUAUGGGAAGCAGGUGGUGAGUUGUGGCGUUUUUACAGUGCUGAAGAUAAUACAGUAAAAUAUAUAUAAUAUAUUUUUCAAAACAACCAUAUUGCUUCUCUCGGUUCAUUAAUACACCACUUUUGUAGUCUCUCAGUUGGACAGAAUGUAUUUGAGUGCAUUUAAAAGUCACCGAUCUCUCACCAAGAGGUGCACUACCCUACCAAAACUAGCCAUUCCAGGUUCAUUGUGGUAAAUCUUGUUUAAAUCUGACCGUUUUCUGUAUAUUUGCUUUGCUUUUUUGUGCACUAUAUGCUAAAGAUAAUACAGUAAAAAAAAUAAAUAAUAAUAUAUAUAUAUAUAAACAGCUCUGGAAAAAAGUAAGAGAUCACUUCAGUUUCUGAAUCAGUUUCUCUGAUUUUGGUAUUUAUAGGUUUAUGUUUGAGUAAAAUGAACAUUGUUGUUUUAUUCUAUAAACUACAGACAACAUUUCUCCCAAAUUACAAAUAAAAAUAUUCUCAUUUAGAGCAUUUAUUUACAGAAAAUGAGAAAUGGCUGAAAUAACAAAAAAGAUGCAGAACUUUCAGACCUCAAAUAAUGCAAAGAAAACAAGUUCAUAUUCAUAAAGUUUUAAGAGUUCAGAAAUAAUCAAUAUUUGGUGGAAUAAUCCUGGUUGGUUUUUAAUCACAGUUUUUUUUUCAUGCAUCUUGGCAUCAUGUUCUCCUCCACCAGUCUUACACACUGCUUUUGGAUAACUUUAUGCUGCUUUACUCCUGGUGCAAAAAUUCAAGCAGUUCAGUUUGGUGGUUUGAUGGUUUGUGAUCAUCCAUCUUCCUCUUGAUUAUAUUCCAGAGGAUUUAAAUUUGGUAAAAUCAAAGAAACUCAUCAUUUUAAGUGCUCUCUUAUUAUUUUCCAGAGCUGUAUAAUCGUAUAUUUUUCAAAACAUUCAUUCAGCUGGGCAGAAGGUCUUAGAUUGUGUUUUAAAGGUAUUUAAAGGCAUCGUCUAGAAGUUACUGAUCUCUCACCCAGAGGUGCACUACCCUACUAAAACUAGCCAUUCCAGGUUCAUUGUGGUAAAUCUUGUUUAAAAGCUGAUAAAGUGAUUUUAACACCGCUGUUGUUCACUAUUACAGGACGUGAAAAUAUUUGGAUGAAUUAUAUUAUUAUUGAAUAAUUUUGUUCUGAGUUGCUAAAGAAUUUGAAAAAACAUUAUUUCUUAUUAAAAAAAAGUAAAAAAGCAUUAAUUAAUGAAUUAAUGGCUAAUUGUAUGUCCAUCUUGUACCUGACCAAUGCAUUAAAUGCACUAAAUGCUUAAAAUGUACAUUAUGAUUAUUAUUUGUUUUUAUUUUUCUACACUUCAUCUUUCUGAUCUUUUGUUAAAAUUAAUUUUAGUUGAAACGAAUCUCAAUGAGGCACAAAUGAAAUGUUGUAUUACUGUACGUUAUUAAUGCAAGAAUGAUGUAAACGGUUCUGAAUUGUGAAUCACGAGUGAAAAAAUUAAAGAACUAAAGAAGAAUGGGA